AUGCGAGCAGCCUUUUCGCUCGGACUGCACGUCCAACACGACGAACAGACCGUCUCGGCUGCCCAAAGGCAAAGCAUGAUAUGCACCUGGUGGAGCCUACAUUCCCUGGAAAGCCUGCUUAGUUCGAUUACGGGUCGGCCGAGUAUCAUACCCAAUGAAGACAUUACGACGCCUCUCCCCGGCGUCCUUGCUUCGAACCAACAACAAACACAACAACGCGCCGCCACCGGCACAGUCAAUUUCGAUUUUCUAGACGCCGAUACAAACUUGAACCUGCUGACGCAGCAAAUCAUCUCCAACCUAUACACGCAGCGUAGAUCGGCGCCGUCUUGGGACUACCUGCAGCAAGCGACCGUCUCGCUCGUCGGCGACCUCGACAAGUGGGCAGUCGACCACCUCCCCGAGCUCCAUUCUCAGGAAUGGAACAAUCCCGUUAACAGGCAGCAGCAGCAGCAGCAGCAGCAGCAGCGCGAUGGAUUCUUGCUUAAGCUUCAGUACUACCGAUUGAAGAUACUGUCUACUCGUCCCUCACUCCGUCGCGUCGAACGGUGUUCUGAAGCAGGGACCGACGAUUUCAAUUCGCUCGAUCAGUCAGUGGCGGAUAUGUGUGUACGAGCGGCACAGGACGUUGCCUCGCUACUAGCAUCGGAGUCUCACAUCAAGAGUCUGUAUGAGAAAGGGCCGUGGUGGACAAUCGUCCAUAACAUCAUGCAAGCACUCGCCGUCCUCAUGAUCGCCAUAUCCUGCCCCGACCACUUCCGCAACGCAGCCGCCGCCUCGAUCCAAGCCGUCCGCCAACUCGUCUCGUUACUCCGCGCCAUGUGCGACACGAAUGCGCUCGCGGCGCGCGCCUACCAAUUCAUCUACUCGAUCGUCAAGACGAGCGAGCCGUUUGUUUGGGCCGAGAUAGCGGAUGCGUUUCCCGAUGAGGUCAUCAUGGUGCUCCGGCCGCCUGCUGAAGGCAAAGUCGAUCCAAAGUAUUUGCCGUGGCCCGAUAACGAUCAGCCGACUGAGAAGCUGUUCAGGUAUGAGUUGGAUGGGUGGGGGAAUUACCAUUUCCAUGCGUUGUGA